UUUCGCUAUGCAAGCUGAUGAGCAGUCUCAACGCCUGAUCCACUCAGACGCGGUGAGCUCUGACGACUCCAGUGAGAAACCACAUACGCUGAUGGAGUAUUCCUUCGACCAUUUUAGACCUCCUCCCAAAAGAACCCUGUCUAAGACUCUCUCCCUGUCCAGUGCCAAGAGACGACGACAGGAGGAGCUAUGGCGCUACUCUAAGGAACCACUCAAGCAGCCAUUGUUGAAGAAACUCCUCGGGAAAGAAGAGCUCAGCAUGGAAUCAAUCAACUGCUUCCUCUCUAUACUCAAGUACAUGGGAGACCACCCAUCUAAGAGAACGAGAGGUAGCAACGAGACGACGGACCAGAUCUUUGAGCCCCCUCUGAAACAU